AUACUAUGAUAUUGUUGAGGUCUACUUUGCAACGAGAGGUGCAGAGCUCUUACACAGGAAGUGCAGGCAGGCGGACGAUAAUGGCGAGCAACCCGGUCGGCGAGUUCAUCUCGAAGCUCAUGGCGCCCAAGAGCCAGGGCGAGGAGGACACUCUGGAGCACCUGUCUAAGGUGGCGGAAGGCGCUAAGUGGCGGCUGGACGAUGACCUUCCGGCCCAAAAGAAGGUUGGCUUCCACCGCCACCACCAGUACACGAGUCCUGAGGGCUUCCCAGAGGUGCCGCGUCAGUACAUCGUGACUACGCACUCCAAGGACCGGAACUUCGCCACGUACGCUGCCAACUCGUACUCGUCGGCUAUUGCCGUUCAGGAGGAGAUGAAGACUCGUCAGUUCUAAGCUAGCUCUUAAAGCUAAAGUUGUACCCUAGUUGCUGGGGGAUCCGAAGGGAAUGCAGAGUAAUGGUGAUAAUUCUUCCGAGCAACGGGAUAACAAAAAACUCAGAAACAAAUGAAGGAAUCGGUCGAUGAUAAACUAUGGCUGGGGGAACUGUCGUGGAACUCUUGACAACUGGAUCCGGAUAGGAUGGAGGAAUUGUGUUUAGCUUGAGUGGUUGUGUAGAUACAGUGUCGAUCACUGUUCAGGGGCUGGCGCCGAUGAAUUAUACAGGUAUACCUGCAAGCAAAUGACAAAAUAUGAGGUCAUGAAAGAGGUCCAUCUGGGCACCCUUAUUGGCAACAAGAACAAAACA